UACACGUUCGUAGACGUAGACGAAGGAACUUCUGCGCGAUUUCUUACCACUGACAAAAGUUAUCCAAGCUGUUCGGUAUGGAACCCCGAGACAUCACAGUUUCCUUAUGAUAUUUGUCGGCAAACUAAACGAAAAGUAAAAAUGAUGAUGAUGAAUCCACCAAUAGAGUGUGACGACACCAACUCAGUAGACACUUUCCAGUCCUUCACUUCCAUUGAAGAUGACAGGGACAGCAUCAAUUCGUCCAGUCCCAGUCCGGCUAAGAAUCGAUCCGGGGUGGUGACUGGUCGGGGAAUCACCCUUGGGAUGCUGAUGGCAGAUGGUAUCGUGGAGUCGGGGGAUGGACUCUUGACCAUUGAUUACUUGGGGAAGAAAUUCACAGCCGAUCUGAUGGAGAAUGGUAAAAUCCGAUGGUCAGAUCAAGAAUUCAACUCACCGAGUGCAUGGGCAAUCCAUAUCAAGAAACUUGUCAACCCUGCCAAGAAAUCAGGGUGCGGUUGGGCUUCUGUAAAAUACAAGGGGAAAAAGUUGGAUCUCCUGAAGUCAACUUGGUUCAGCCAGAUGAAAAUCAGCAUGCCUGGUUUUGAGUCAGUGCCUGAUUUUAAAGAGGAAGAGAACGGUUACACCAAUGGGCACACUGAUGAGCAACAUCAGAAUGAACAAGAAGGUAACACAGGGGUGCCUGAAAGCCCAACAGAAAGACCUAACCCUCCUUCAUCGGAAGCCACCAAGAGCCAGAAAAGAAAAUUCAGUGAAAGUGACGGAAGCAUACAUAAGGAGGGUUUUGCGCAUUCAUUCAAGAAACACGAUUUAAAAGAAAGAAGAAUUGUCAAGUUUGCUGAUGUGACAAAAGAGGACUCAGAUAGGAGUCCCAAUACUUUAGUUGAGUGUCUUCCUUUUAGUUCAGUCGGUAGAAUGCAACCAUUUACAGUUUCAGCAACAACAAACUGUCUCCUUGUUAUGGAUUUCCAUUGUCAUCUAACAACCAGUGAAGUUGUUGGAUACCUCGCAGGAAAGUGGGAUCCAAAUACUCAACAUAUGUCAGUGCUUCAAGCUUUUCCAUGUAGAUGUCGGUUAGGAGAUAAGAGGAAAGCAUUUACAGUGGAAGAAGAGAUUCGAAAGGCAAUAGCAUUGCGUGGUCUUCAACUUGUUGGCUGGUACCACAGUCACCCAUGCUACCCUGCACAACCAUCAUUGAAAGAUAUUCAAACACAGAUGGAUUACCAACUCCAGAUGAAGGGAGAGGGAACCGUCUACCAGCCAUGUUUAGCUUUUGUAUGUUCACCUUUCAACCUCCACAAACCAAAUAAAGAAUCCAGUCUGAAAGCGUUCUGGGUGAUGCCACAAAUAGAGGAUCGUGGCCGUAGUUGCCGUGGCAUGCCAAUGACGAUGAACUUCAACUGGCAGUCCGACAUCUUCCUGACUCAGGAAACAUUGUUAGAAAUGAAAUACCUAGUGGACUUUUACAAGGAUGGUCCUGACAUGGUGCAAUUCUCAGAUACAUGGUUUAAAUCUGAUACAUUCCUAGACAAAUUGAAGGGCUCUCUGGCGAAGAAGUUUCCCAAAGACCAGACUGAUGGACGGUUGCUAGACUACAUCCACAAUCUUCUGGUCUCACCAAAGACAUAACACUAGAGUAUCCAAAGAUAGCAUGGACUGUUAAUUCCACCCGCCCUCUUGGUCAUGCUUUAAUAACGGACCGAGUCGUUCGUGCAGGGUCGUGGGGGAGGGAGCUUCGCUGGCCCCCACGAGCACUUCCCUACUACGAAGGCCUCCGACUCAGUACUUUGACGUGCUCCAGGGGAAGACUGCCCUUGCACCAAGUCCAGGCCGUGUCCUGGGCCCUCAACCCAGAUGGGCAAGGGCCUGCCUUCCCUCUCGGUCAUGCUUUAAUAACGGACCGCGUCUAAACAAGUGAUGAUGUCCUUAGGAGAGAGAGGCCAACCAAAGAUUUCCGUUUUGGCCUCAUAGAGCCUCGAGCUGCUUCCAGUUCCACAGAAGUAUCAUGAUGAUGUUCCUUUGAGCGAGUUUCCUGACCUUCAAAUACAGGACUCUUUUAAGAGACCAGUAAAAUGGUUUUGUGUCAGGAAAGUUGUGCAUGUUUUGUGUUGACAUAACACAGGGGGUUCUGGUCUUUUAACAUGGAACUAUUUCACAUGUUAUGAUUUCCAAAGAUGAAGCGAGGAUCAGGAGCUACUUACAGCAUACUAUGUCAAGAUGAUUAGUGUCUAUGCUGGUAACAUGUCCAUCAGUAACAUAGCAAUAAAGCAAAAAUAUAGCCUACAAAGUAUAAGUAAACAAAACAUGAAUUUCCCGAUUGCAUAGGAAACCCGUGUAUACUUCAUGCAACUUUUCCUCAGAUCAGCUGAUUUCCUUUUUUUUUCAUUCUCAGUUUUGCCAUUCCAAAUUGAAAACUACAGUACAAAAUCAUUGAAAUUUUGUAUCUUCCUCUUUUUUUUGUGCAGUUACAGUUUCAUGCCUGAUACUUACAUGUAUAGAAGCUGGGGAUCACGCAUUAGACUAGUAAGGAGAAAACUGCUUAUACAUGUACAGCUAGCUAUGUACAUGUAUGUUUUCAUCGCAGACUAUGUGAAUGGUAUACAGAUAGGUCAGAUAUUGUUAACAAAGAGCCGUGUGAACUUGGCCUCUAUCGUAGAAGACAAAUACACAUAAUAGUAAGAAGUACUGCAACUUAUCAAUACGCGAUUGUCACAAUGAUAAACAGUGCAGCUUAUCAACAGCAAGUUCCCUCAACAAUAAGCAGUGCAUCAUCCAUACAGUGGGAUUCUGCCAUGGGAAGACCUUUUGCAGAUAUAGUUACGACCUAGCUGGGAACUGUGGUUUGGAUCUCUGUAUAGGUAUGCAGUGACAGCCAGCAUUUGUGACUUGUGCAGAUAACAUUGCAACUUACUCGGAAUUUCAUUUAGAAAAUGUGCAUAGCCGUGCUUUGACGAAGAAGUGAAUGUUAAUAUGCAAAUUUGUCAGUGUAAGGAUAAUCUAAUGCUCCUUUUCACAUGGUAUUUCAAAGAAGAGUUUUGAAAUGUAAUAUUUUUAAAAGGUACUACAUUCCGUCAGUCUUGUUGCAUGUGUUUCAGUAUCAUUCUUUUCACGAGGGUUUUGUCAAGUUUUCUGUCAUUCAAAUUUAACAAAAAAUAAUUUUCUUCUUUGCUUCUUAGAAAGGAUACCCAAGUCCUAAUCUGUCACCGAACUCUGCACGUUCAAUUUAAACAUAUCUCGGCGUAGAAUUUUUUAGACAUGUUUAAAUAAUUUAAGUUACACUAUCUGAAUGUGGAAAUGGAAUCAAACUGGGCUCGAUUUCACAAAACAUUAAGAUUCAUCUCAAAAUGGAUUUGUCAAUAUUUUCAUAAUGAUUUUGUUGUUGUGGCAACACACUUUGCUGAGCAAUUAAGAUUGCAAUUGAGUCGGCUGUACUAGUAAAAAGGACUAAUUACUCGGCAUCCUAUCAAAUAGCAUAGCAACUUAAAGACACAAGCUUGAAGACUGGGCAAACAGGGAUUUCAACCCCAAAGUUAUCAACUCUAGAAGCUGUACAAUGCACUAGGCACGCUGGAAUAGAAGCCCAGGGGUGGAUUUCACAAAGAGUUAACAGGCAUGUGAGACUUCCUCGUUUCAGCUGACUUCCUCUUUUUUGGUUUUGAUUUUCCUCUUUUUUUCUUCAUCUUCCGUGUACAAAAGUAUAGGAAUAUUAUCUUUUCCUCUUUUUUUCUUGCCUGGUAUUAUCUCUUCCUCUUUUUUUCAUGGGAAGUAACUCACAUAUCUGAGUUAAGACUAGUCUUCCAUAAGUUUGUAAUAGGACUGGUCUUAAGUUAGGACUAGUCUUAUCUCUUUGUGAAAUCAACCCCAUGAAGCAUUUACACAUUUUGUUUUAUGUUGCUGUGCGCAUCCUGAAGUUAGGAAACUGAUCAUACUGAAUCGUCUUAAAGGAAUUGUUAAUAGUUCCCUUCUACAGGGCAACACACCAAGUAUGAAUCCAAGGUAUUUCCAUGUAAAGUAGCUUCACAUGUUUUUCAGGCUUUUAAUUUUGAAUUGCAUUGCACUUGGAGAAACUUUUUAGAUCACAAGUUUAUAAAAAGUUUAACAGCCUAAGUUACUGAUCAGCACUUACAUGUAAAGUAACAUUUAUGACAGCAUGUCUCCAAUUAAUGUGUUAACUUGGAUUUCCAAAAUAAUCUACCUCUAAAUUUUGGGAUUGUUAAAUCAAAGUUCAUUCUCUUUGUCCAUGUGUGGAACUCAAGUCGACGAUAACUAGAGCAGGCUAGUCAAAGUGUUGGGACCAAUUAAGAACUCACUCUGUGGUAGUUAAGUUAGAUCGAGAAGUCCUGGCCGAAUUUCUACCUCUCCAGGUAGUUCUUUUCCAGAACUAAGUAGUCCUCGAAAUCUACUCUGCGGCAGUAGAGUUAAUAGCAAAACAAGUUCUCAAGAAGAAAUCUACACAGUAAGGUACAUGAAGUACACAUGAUGUUACCGCAAACUGCAUACAUAUAAUGGGAGACUUUCUGGGACGAUAGAGGGCAGCAGACUUACCG